AGUACUUGGGUAUCAAUUUGUUAUUGCAAAGCAAAAGAAAUCAUGAAAUGCAGCUGGUGGGAAGGUCUCUUUCGCUGCACUGCUCUGCUUCGGUGCUAAGCAAAUUGACUUGAGCUUCCACUUACAAAGAAUUCGUUGCGAAUAUCAGAAAAUCAGUUAGCAGAUAUGGAUCAUCAAGAGACUAGUGUGGAAAAGGAGGGAGUUGCUGACAGUGGCUUAAUCGAUUUGGUCUUCUCUUGGUCUAUGGAGGAUGUUCUCAACAGAAAUCUAUACAAAAACCAGGUGACGGAAAUUCCUGAUACAUUUUCGACUGUGACGAGUUACAUGAAAACGUUCAUUCCUUCGCUUGUUGAGGAAACACAUGCUGAUUUACUCUCAAGCAUGGAGACUCUGCCACAGGCACCUACUUGUGAAAUUCUGGCUGUUAAACCUAAGCGUCAUAAAAAUGCCAAGGACUUUUCUUAUGUUAUUAUAAUAAGGGGCAGUGGAGAAGCCGAAAAUUAUGAGCCGCAGACUGGAGAUCUUAUUGCCUUGACUGAUAUUAGACCAACAUGCAGUGAUCAUUUGAACAGGCUGAGAGAUUCAUAUCUCAUUGCGUAUGUUCGUCCAGGCAGAGAUAAUAGGCUCUUUAUACGCUCAUCAAAGCCUAUAAGUAGAGGAGGAGGACGAAAACUUUUUGCUGUCUUUCUGAUCAACAUGACAACAAAUGUUCGCAUAUGGAAAGCUUUGAUCUCUGAAAAGGCAAACACAAAUAUAAUUAAGAAUGUGCUGCAAGUGCAACCCAAUUCAUCACAGGGUGGGAAUUCUUGUUCAAUUUGCUUUUCUAAGAAAAAAUGCUCUGCUGCCGUUUCAAAUAGAUGGCCCUCAAUGGGCUCUGAUCUAAAUGAUUCCCAAGAAGCUGCAGUUUUGAACUGUAUCAAUUUGAGUAAAUGUACUCACCAAAAUACCAUCAAACUAAUAUGGGGUCCUCCUGGGACUGGAAAAACCAAGACAGUUGCUAUGUCACUCCUUGCCCUCUCGAAGUUGAAGUGCAGAACACUAACAUGUGCUCCAACGAAUGUCGCCUUGUUAGAAGUGACAGCGAGACUCCUGGGAUUGAUUAAUCAGUCUCUUGAUUAUGGAAAGUAUGGACUUGGAGAUAUAAUUCUAUUUGGGAAUGGGGAGCGAAUGAAGAUCGAUAAUUACGAUGACCUUGUUGAGGUAUUUCUUGAUUAUCGUAUUGAAAUUCUGGCCCAGUGUUUUAACCCUGGGACUGGAUGGAAACAUUGGUUGGAGUCAAUGAUAGGUUUGCUUGAGGAUCCACAGAAAAAGUACUCAACAAGGGAUGAUGAGAAUGAUUUUCAGACCUUUGAGGAGUUUGUGAGGGAAAAACUUAAUUCAGUUGGUGAGCAUGUGGAGUUUUGCAUGGUAAAUUUGUACACUCACUUACCAACUUCUUGCAUUUCACUAGAGGUUGUGACUGACAUGAUUGGAGCUCUGGAUUUGCUCAAUUCUCUUAAAUCUUUACUGCGUGAGGUUGGUUUUGCUAAUGAGAGGUCACAAUUAGUUCUAAAAGAUUUUCUUCGUAAACUGAGGUUGCUUCGUAAAUUUUGUGUUCCUAAUUUGAAAAAGUUGGAGAAAAUAAGGAAAUUCUGCUUGGCAAAUGCUUCCUUAAUAUUUUGCACCGUGUCAAGCUCUGCUAAAUUGCAGACAGAGGAAAAGGCACCCCUGGAUUUGUUAGUGAUUGAGGAAGCUGCUCAGCUUAAAGAAUGUGAAUCAGCAAUUCCUUUGCAACUACCGGGUCUUCGCCAUGCUGUUCUCAUAGGAGAUGAGAGGCAACUCCCUGCUAUGGUUAUAAGCAAGAUCUCCGAGAAGGCUGGUUUUGGAAGAAGUUUGUUCGGAAGACUUCUACUGUUGGGACAUGAGAGGCACCUUCUCAAUGUCCAGUAUAGAAUGCAUCCAUCAAUCAGCUUAUUCCCAAAAAGGGAGUUUUACAACAACCAGAUAUUAGACGGUCCAAAUGUCAAGCAAGGAAGCUAUGAGAAGUGCUUUCUUUCGGGAAAAAUGUACGGAUGCUAUUCCUUUAUAGAUGUAGCCAAUGGACAAGAAGAAUUUGAUCGCGGGCAUAGUCGGAAAAAUAUGGUUGAGGUUGCUGUGGUCUGUGAGAUUGUUGCAAGCCUAUACAGAGAAUUUAUUCGAACAAAAAAGAAGGUUAGUGUUGGGGUAAUAUCACCUUACAAAGCUCAAGUUAAUGCAAUUCAAGAGAGAGUCACAGAAUACAGUGAAGUUUCUGGCACUGAUGGAUUCUCUGUAAGUGUGCAAUCUGUUGAUGGAUUCCAAGGUGGUGAAGAUGAUGUGAUAAUUAUCUCCACAGUCAGAUGUAACGAGGAAGGAUAUGUUGGUUUCAUUUCCAAUCUUCAAAGAGCAAACGUGAUGCUAACGCGUGCAAGGCACUGUCUUUGGAUUUUGGGGAACGAAGCAACUUUGGUUAGAAGUAACUCUAUUUGGAAGAAGCUAAUUCUUGACGCAAAGAAACGCAAAUGUUUCUAUAAUGCUGAUGAGGAAAAGAACUUGGCUCAGGCCAUCGAAGUUGCCCUCAUGGAGCUUGGCCAAGUUCAUAUUCCACUUAAUUCUGACUCUCUGCUGUUCAAAAAUGCCAAAUGGAAGGUUUGCUUCACCAAUGAAUUUCAGAAUUCCAUACAAAAGAUUAAGGACACUGAGAUCCAUCGGGAAGUGGUUUCCUUAUUAACAAAGCUCGCCAAUGGUUGGCGCCAAUCUCUCAAGAAUAAAAUAACUAUAGUCCAUGGGACUUGUGCUCAAGUGUUACAGAAGUACAAAGUUAAAGGGCUGCUGAAUCUCAUUUGGUCUGUAGAUGUUCUCCAGGAGAAUUCAGAUUAUGUCCAGGUUUUGAAGAUUUGGGAUGUUCUUCCAGUUUCUGAUACUCCCGAACUUGAUAAGCGGCUUGAGAACAUGUUUCGUAGCUAUACAACCGCUGAGAUGAACCUUUGCCUGCUCAGAUGUGUUGAUGGAGACGCAGUUGUCCCAAUUAGAAUGCUGGUGGAUUCGAGCAGCUCCCAUGAGGCUGAGGCUGAUCCUGUGCAGGUUCUUUCAAAACCAUUAUCUUCACUCAGUCUAAAAGAUAAGCCCCAAACAUCAAGCAGUGAACCACAGAGUCAUAGAAAGACUAGAAAUAAUAUGCCCAGAAGGCAGAGAAAGUAGGCCACCAAGUUCCAGAGGGAAGAAUAUAAAGCAGACCAUUGAAUUUUGAUCAGCUAUAUCAUAAGAAAAAUUGAAUGGCUUGGCUAUGUUGUUCGUUGAAAGGACAUAGUAGAAAAGUUUGAUUAUGUAAACUUUAAUUGAUACUUUUGAAUCAAAAAAUAUAAGACGAGUGAUAUUUAAGUGAGAUACAUUUUAUAAAAUUGUUGUAUAAAUUACAUGUUUGUUUCUUUUCUAUUACAAUUGUGAAUUUGAGUUCAUAAUA